AUGCGUGCGUAUGCGUUUCUACAGCUGGCACUUGCGCUUUUAGAGGUCACCGCAGGCAGUGACGAGACAGCCCGAUUACUUAUAAGGAAGUGCAGUGACACGUACAAAAUGCUGUCGGAGGACUGGAAGUGUGUGAGAGCUCCUUGGCCUCCCAAAGCCUCUGUUCAAAUCGAUAAGAAAGACGACUGCGCCGUGAAGUGCUGCGACGAUGGGAAAGUGCUGGUGGAAAAACAUGGAAAGUGGGAGUGCACAGCGGAUGACCGAAGACAAUUUUCGCCGCUUAAUUCCUCCUUCAGAGAAGAUUUUGAUCCAGAGACCCCUGUAGGCGCUGGACUCUCUCUUCGCUACCUGGAUACCAUGUCUAGACCUCUACAAAAACGACACGAUCUUAGACGAAGGUCUGUUCUAUUGCGAAUAUCCACGUUUAGCAAGAGCUCUGUGGAUGUACUUUUAUCUAAUAGCUGCCUGGUUGUGGCUUACGGCUCUUUGUGCAAACAUGGUGCUGUGUUUCGGAUAAGCCACAAACUACCUUGAAAUACGGCACCUUCCUCUUUUAUUACGGCCCUGUGGUGUGUUUGGUGUUGUGCAACGUCGUCUGCCUCACGCGCACGUUGAGGAAGGUGCAAUACCUUUCGAAAGGAAACUCGAUCCUGCGCAGAGAAGAGGAUCAGAACUCUUCCAGUUAUCGAAAUUCGGGCAUAAAUGACAUAGCAAGCGAGGGUGAUAAUAAUUGGGCAAAUCAAAGCAGGAAUGACAGGAGCAGAUUCGGAGCGGUAGAUGCAAAGACGUAAGUAGUGAACACGUCCUAAAAUAAUUGAAUUGGAGAAAACAAAAACGUUCAAUGUCCAGGAACUUCAAAUUUUGAAGAGCACGCAAAAUUGUUCCGGACAUCGAUAAUUUUUUAAACAUUAAUAGUUGAAGAACACUUUACAGUCGUCUCAGAGUUCCCUGUCAACAAACUUUUAUGCAGAGGAAGUUGAAUUUAUAUUAUAAGAACAUUUUCCCACCGCUAACUUAAAACCGGGAAAAUGCGGCAUAAAACCGUUUUGUUGGCACCGAUUCAAUUAUAAAAUGAAAGUACUUUUUUUUAAAUUUAUCUCGAGUUCGUUUUGUUACAGAAUCAAGUUGUACAUCAAAAUGUUAUUGAUGACCGGUGGAAUCGAACUCAUCUCUGAAAUCAUCUGCUGGGUCACAAUGAAAUUCCCCUCCGAAUCUUCAUUCCACCGCUUCGACUACGAUUUGCCCUAUAGAACCACGGGGUACGUCAUUGACUUGUUCCGGGCGGUGUGCGUCGCCUGGCUGGCGGCCCCAGAGGGGGGCUACUGGGCGUCCGCCGGCAGUGGCUGCAGGGAGACAAGAAAACCAGCAGUGUAAACAGUUUCUAAAACAGCGCAUCUAAAAUUGCGAAUUACGGACCACGCUGCUCGCUGCGGUCCGUUGCUCCAAGUGGCAAGUGUCUCCCGCUAAAUGAAGUCGUAGGCUUCUGCGACCAGAGUCAUGUACGAGAUCUGCGUGAUCUGGGCUGUCCGGGUGACGCCGCGUCGAAGGCUGUGUUGCCGACG